AUGCCUUCCAACCCUCUCAAGAUCAAUGGCGAGAGGCUAAACAGCACACUACAAGAAACAUGCACUUCAUACGGCGCUCUCCCCGCGCCAUCGACAGGCAUGUGCCGCCUAACCUUAACCCCCUCCGACAAAGCGGCUCGAGACUGGCUAGUCCGCGAAUGCAAAAAUCUGGGAUGUGAGAUCAAAAUCGAUCAAAUGGGAAACAUAUUCGCCAUACGCCCAGGUACCGCUACAGAUAAAGCGCCAAUUGGCAUGGGCAGUCACAUGGACACACAACCAGCAGGCGGGAGAUACGAUGGCAUCCUCGGGGUUCAAUCAGCCCUAGAAGUCCUCCGCACGCUCCAUGAAAACGACAUCCAAACUCAUCAUCCCAUUGCCCUGAUAAACUGGACAAACGAAGAAGGCGCGCGGUUUCCCGGCGCAAUGAUGGCAUCUGGUGUUUGGAGCACGCAUAGUAGCACGGAUCUAUCUGCAUGCCAUGCUCUCAACGAUACCGACAAAAUAUCCAUGGCAACUGCUUUACAAGAAACCGGAUACCUUGGUCCAACGCCGUGCGACUACCGCGAAAACAACCUGUCCGCGCAUUUCGAACUACACAUCGAGCAAGGCCCCAUCCUCGAGCGCGAACGGAAAGAAGUAGGCAUCGUGACAAGUGUACAAGGAAUGAAGUGGUUCGCCAUCCGCGUCACGGGCCGAGAAGGGCAUUCGGGAACGACUCCCAUGGCAGGAAGAGCAGAUGCUUUAGUCACGGCUGCGCGUCUCAUCACUGCUGUACGCGAUACGGCGAUGGAGACCGGCCUGGGUGUAGCUACUGUGGGUGUUAUCAACAGUGAUACAAGUUCGCAGGCUACUAUACCCGCUGGCGUGGGGUUCGUCGUAGAUGUCAGAUGCGAUACUGAUGACCUCGUCGAUCAACUGUCUGAGAAGAUGUUACGGGCAUUCGAUCAAGUCAUCAAGGAAGAAGACAAUGCGACCGCGUAUGCUGUGGAGCGUACAUGGGGACUGCCCGAAUCGAAGUUUCACCCAGAUUGUAUUGACGCUGUGAAGACGGCGGCGGUGGGGUUAGUGGGCGAAGAUCAGAUCAUGCAGAUGAAGAGCAGAGCAGGGCAUGACAGCGCGUGGACGAGCAGAGUGUGUCCGACGAGUAUGAUCUUCGUGCCCAGCAAAGGGGGGAUAAGUCAUAAUCCGGAGGAGUAUACGAGUCCCGAGCAUUGCGCGUUGGGAGCACAGGUUUUGCUUGACGCGGUGCUGGGGUAUGAUGGGAAGUUUAGAGAUGGGAAGUUUGGAGGCUAA